AUGGCCAAUGAUAAAUGGAUCACCAGUCAUUGGUUCCAACUGUCAGUAUCAAAGGUAUGGCUUGAAAGUGAAAAGUUGUUCUUUGUUGUUUACCAAAUACAGUACGUCCCAGAUGAUGAUGAUUCCAAAAUGUCAGUAUCAGAGAAACAACCUUUGAUAUCCUUUAUUUAUGCGGAGUUCGAUUCUCUGAUGGGGGCAACUAUUGAAGACUACUCCUAUAAUGGAGUGCUCUACCCUUCUAUUCUACCCCUUACAACCUAUAACGAAGACCACACCGUAUUCCCAGGACCCCUGAAUAUUAAUGUGGUCUACAGCACCAUAGAAGAUGGCACCCACCAACCAUUGAUUUUGUUCAACUCAUUGUCGUCCAGUACGGAUAACAAACUUUAUUGGAUUCAACCUGGCAGCAACAGCAAUAAAUGGGAACCCCAACGGUUUAGCUUAAACAAGGAUUCCAAUUAUGACAACUGGAUUCCAUUAUUUGAUAGAAGUGAUCCCCAUUACGUCUACGAUACUCACAUCUUAUUUUUAGAUGGAAUGUCUGUAAUCAAAUGCAGCCUAGAGAAUGGUUCGUGUGAGGGGGAUCCACCACUAAAGCCUAAUGGUUUACAGAACUUUGUUGACCAUACUCCGUUACUAAGCAUAAAGUCAUUUCUUCUUCCCUCGGGCGUCGAUCUCCAUGGAAUUAAAGACAUUUGGCUUGGAUUUUCUAACCUUCUUCUAGAACUGUGUGGAUGUGGUACGAGAAUGUAUCGUCCUACAAUUGUUGUAUAUGUUAUGGACGACCACAACUCCAUGCAUAUGGUGCAGUUAUCUCAAAUGAUAGACUUCAAUUUGAGUGUUGGGAAUCGGAGCAGCAAUAAUGAUGAGUGUAUUUCCGUCUCAGAGAUAAGUGCACAUUCAAUAGAGAUUAUUGAUAAUCAAAUUAUGGUGAUGGUUACAACUAGUGGUGGGCUAUCAUAUGAGAUCAUAGUAGAUGGCCUCUCUAAAGAGUUGGCCAGAGGUCUUUCAUACUUAGAUCUUGAACGUGAGGGAAGUUCGCCUGAUUAUGAAACUGUACUAAUAAGCUCUCAAAGUUACUGUAAUCGAGUUUCCAAUGUUUAUGGAGCCGGAGAUGUGGCGGCCUUAGCAGCAGCUGAUAGCGAAAACGACGACCGCCAACUAAUAUUAUAUCCCAAUUAUAUCAAGAACCCCGAGGACCAUUACAGGGCCAAUUUCGGAAUUUUUGAUAGAAGUAAACAAAAGAUUGUUCAAUUAGGUGAUAAUGUUCCUCGAAAUGGUGACGUUGACAAAAGACUUCAUGACUACCUGUUCAAUCCACAAACAGUGCAACUUUACGAUGCCUUUACUGAUUUAGAAGACAAGGCAUCCAAUGAAGAAUGUUCUCGAACAGCAAAAGAGUUCCAUGUGGGGUUUUCAAAGCCAAUAGAUAUGACUGGAAAGUUUUCUGAUUACAUUUCAAAGUACAUACACAGAGACAUAACCAUCAGCCAGUCACAAUUGGAUUAUUUCUUUGAGUAUAAGGACUUUAUGGAGUCUCGAAUGGAGGAAAUGUUGAAAGAUAAAGAUUCAAUUGAUCAAUUUUGGACCCGAUUUGGUGGUGCCAGUGUAUUUUUUGAAGAAUUUGGAGUAUAUUUGAUGCUGAGUCGAGUGAUUUAUUCCCCCAAUAAAGAACGUGAUCAGCCGAGCUUCUCAAUGACAUUCCUUCAAGUAUUUGAUAAGGAUUGGAAUGAAUUAAAAAACGUUGAAAUGGUUGUACCUGAUACGGAGGAUAACGACUCUAACAGUAGUGGGUUUAACCGGUUCACGUAUCCGGAGUUUGCGAGAAUAGCUUCGUAUCAUGAUUCAAGUGUUGAUAAGAUAAAGAGUUAUGGACCAGAAGAUCCUCGACUUCUUAUUCGAAAGAAUCAUUUGGGUCAUGAAGAACCUAUGCUUAUUUUCACUCAGUUGCAACGAGAUAUUUCUGAAGGUCAACAUGGAGAUACCAUAUCCAAAGAAUAUCGUUCCAUGUUUUAUUCCUUACCAUGGGAAGUUCAAGUUGGAAAGAGUCUGGUGGAUCCAGAUGAAGUGAAUGAUAAGGCUUAUUACAAGACUGUGGAAUUAAGUAUAUUUGAUCAAGAAACCAACAAAUUUUUGGAAAAAAGACCGAAGGAAAAGAAUUGGACUCCAUUCUUUUCUCCAACAGAUCGGAGAGCCUCUAAUGGAGUCGAUAAGUCGAUAUACUUUGUGUAUCUGUGGGAGUAUCUACAAAUUCUUAAAUGUGAUAUUCCAAAUAGUAGUCAGGGUGAGACAUCAGUUUCAAAGUGCAUAAUCGUGUUCCAUAAUAAGCCAGAGAAAGAUUUCGUUGGGAGUUUCAGAGGUGGUACGCAGUUGAUCAGCGUCAAUGACUUAAUCACCACCCUUCCAACUCCUUAUAAUGAGCUUCCACAAGAAUACUGGAUCGGAUACGCUCGGUCUCACAUUGCACAUUGUGGGUGUGGCGAAGUUAUGUAUCGACCUCAGGUGGCCAUUGUUACCAGGUCCAAAGAUAUGACCAAGUUUCAAGUAUCCCAUGUAUCUUCUUUCAUGGGAUUUGACAUGGAUGUGCUACCGUAUGCGAACAAAGUAUGUGAAAGAGCCAAUGUGUUUUUACCCAAUGGGUUGUCUAGAUGGCAUAUUCUGACUUCCCAAGAAAGUGAAAACGAACUAGAUGAUGUGGUGACCCUCUUUUAUACUUUGGCCGAUAAGGUUCAAGGCCGGUUUCAUAUUAGAGGAUUAUUGAGUCAACUAUUGGGCCUGAAAGCAUUUGAAUGGAAUGAUCAACUGAUGACACCAGACAAUCGACCAACAGAUCCAUAUUUGCAUCAUGUUAAUGUGUCAGAAUUGCGUGCGUCGAUCAAAUGUUUAAAUGUGGCUUUCUUAUCCUUAUCUUACUUGAAAUUUGUUGCUGAUUCGAUCAUAUUAGACGAGUCACAUUCCAUAUCUUAUGUGAUAUCCACGUCUUACCAAAAGAAUCCCUUUCAAUUAAGACCUGUGUUGCAUAAAUUGGUGUCAAACCAGAAUAAUAACAAAUUUUCUUCUUCCAUUCUGCCCACAUUACUUGAAGAGACUCGUAAGAAUAUUAACAACCAGGAGUGGAUCAACUCUCAUUGGUUCCAUGAACAAGUGUCUCGUAUAUGGCUUGAGGAAGAGAACGCAUUCUUUGUGGUACACCAGCUCGUCUAUAAGGCAGGUUCCUCUGAGUUGUUAGAUCGUAAGCUACAGAAACCAACACUUUCGGUGUUGUAUGCUGUUUUUGAAACAGAAACCAUGGAGAUUAAAUCAGGCUUCCAAUGGAAGGGACGUCGUUAUCCGGAGUUUAUCCCAAUUGACAUAGGUGCGGCUGAAAAAGUAAAGACUGACGAAGAAAAGACUGCUGCUGACAAAGAGAAGGAAAAGGAUGAGUUAAAAGAAAUUAAAACCGUGGGUCCAAUUAAUCCAAAAGUAAUACCCUUUAAAACCGACGAAGGAGUUAUUCAGCCGCUCAUUGUGUUUACAUUGGAAACAAAAGAAGGUUCUAGAAUCCAUUGGAUGACCACAGGAGAAACAAGACAUUGGACCAAACCUAAAGCUUUCAAACUUAGCAACGUAGAAAACCCCAAGUACGAAAGUUGGGCACCAUUUGCCGACAUUAAAGGUACUCUAGAUGCACUGGUCGAUGAUGCUGUUCAUUUUGUUUACGGUGCAGGUACAAAUGCAAUCAUUAAAUGUCAAUUAUGGAACAGUGAAUGUGCUAUAACCCAACAAGACUCUUCCGAUCCUAAUAAGAUCAUUGAGGAGUUUUCAAAUGGUAGUCCCUUGGUCAGUAUUGGUUCUCAACUUAAAUUGGCAUCAGAGACCAUUGAAGAUGUCUGGAUUGGGUUCAUUGGUAUCACAAUGAAUAAAUGUGGAUGUGGUCAACGAAUGGAUAGACCUGCUUUUGUUGUAUACCAAAAGGAGAAGGGAAGUGGACCAAGACUUGUCCAAUUAUCCCAAGCUCUUGACUUUCUGCUUCCCGUUUCCGGUUGGGACCAUUUGGCAAAAGUCAAGGAAGCGUGUCUCAAAGUUAGUAGUAUGAAGAUCAGUUCAAUUAGUGUUGAAAAAGAUGGUAACCUUAACGUUCAAGCUACAACAAGUGAAGCCAUUUCUUUUGACUUAACUAUUCAAAAGUUAAUUCGUGAGAUUUCCAAAGGACUUUCCUUUGAUGGGAAGUACACGCCACCCAGUACUAGUUUGUCAUUGGAACACUCCAAGAGUUAUUGUCUAGCUUAUGGUAAGAAACACUCCAGUUUCAUUUCAUCGUUUAUCGACGAUAAAGAAGAGAAUCAGAAAACCACUACUCCUAGUACUUCUGAAGAUUCAGAUGAUCUAGCUUUUGAAUAUGUUGACACUCCAGAUGACGAUAUCUCCACUGUUGAAUUACUUAAAAAGGGUAAGAAAUUGGUUCUUUAUCCAUCAUAUAUUGAAAAGCCCUUGGAUCAUUAUUUGGAACAUUUCGGUAUGCUCGAUCAAAAUAAAAAAGAGAUUGCACAAUUGGCAAAGUCUAAAGUCAAACAUCCUAAUCCAUUCACUGAUUUUAGAUACAAGAACCUUGAGCUUUCUAUUUAUUCUGCAUUCACUGACUUGAAACAAAGUCCCAAGAGAGAAGCUUGCUCCAAAAUCAGACAGGAUAUUCCUAUUAAAGUUAGUGAUGGUGUGGACAUGACAAUGCAAGCAUCUAGAUACAUUCUCAGAUAUAUUAAUAAUGAUCCGGCAUUAGAUCCUGAACAAUUGGCGUAUUUCCAUGAAUAUUCCGAUCAUUUUAAAGAUAAAAUCGAAGAAAUGAAGAAAAAUCCCAAGAUUAUAGAUAAACAUUGGAUGCGUUUUGCUGGUGCUUCUGUAUUUAUUGAAGAAUAUGGGGUUUACCUUAUGGCUUCAAGAAUAAUUUAUACCAAGAAUAAAAGAGAUAGUCCACUGUUUUCCUUGACUUUUAUUGAAGUCUAUGAUGAAAACUGGGAAGAAUUAAAUGUGGAGAUGGUUGUUCCAGCAACAGAUGACAAUUCCAUUGGAUUCCGUAAGUUCAAUUAUCCAGGUUUUGUUCGUAUUGCAUCAUACAAUAAUGCUAAUGUUGAUACAAUCAAAAACUAUGGACCAGAAGACCCCAGAAUAUUACUUCGGAACAACCACUUGGGUCAUGAGGAGCCAGUAAUUGUUUUUAAUCAAAGACAAAGAGAUAUGGUCAAGAAUGAUGGUGAUAAGGUGAAUUUGAAAGAGCAUAGAAGUUUUUUCAUGUGUUUGCCUUGGGAAGUCCAAGAAGGUAAAUCUGAAGUUGAUCCUCUCUCGUUUAAAGAAACUCGUACCACAUACACCAAAACUAUUGAGCUUAAAAUCUUUGAUGAUCAAGCUCAAAAGUUUUUGGAGAAGAGGGAUGCUGAAAAGAAUUGGACACCAUUCUUUAGUAUGGACGAUAGAAAGUUGAAUAAUGGAGUUGAUACUUCUAUUUAUUUUGUUUACCUGUGGGAGAAUAUUCAAAUUUUAAAGUGUGAAAUUCCUACAGGGUCAGGAACUGGGUCGACUGUUUGUAAAUCAGUUUUCUGGAACAAACCUACUAAGAAGGAGUCGACAUUCUUACGUGGAGGAACUCAAUUAAUAAGUCUAAGUUCCAUUGUAAAGGAAUUACCUGAAGAAUUUGAGAAAGUCAAUCAUGAAGUAUGGUUAGGUUUUGGAAGGUCUCAUAUGUCUCAUUGUGGAUGUGGAUCAGCAAUGUAUCGACCACAAUUACUUGUACUUGCCAAAGACCUUACUGAUCAUAAAUAUCAAGUGACUCAUGUUUCUUCGUUUGCUUCGUUUGAUCUCGAGAUGAUUCCUUGGGCUGAUAAGAUGUGUGGAGAGGGAGCAAGUGUAUUCAUACCUAAUGGUAUUGCCAAAUGGCAUAGUCAAGUUGUUAAUGAUCGUUUAGAUGAUGUCUUAACUCUUUUCUAUUCCAUGGCAGAUAAAACUAUUGGAAGAGUCAAUAUCCGUGGUGUAAUCAAUGAACUCCACAAGCUUGGUGCAUUUAGAUUACCAGCAGAAGUUGAUACCUUGGAUGAUAGUGGUACAACCGACUUUUUCAAGGUUACUUCCCAAGUUAAAUGUGCUUCACAUCAAUCUUGGGAUUUCUGUGCAAAAUUCGGACAGCUGUUUACGUCAUAA